UUUUAAUACAGAAAUGAGUGAUUCGUUUUUCAAAAAGGACCGUUUAGUCGUGCUAAGACCAGGGAAUGCCGUCUGACAGAGUCAGACAGAUGAAGAGCGUAGAAGUGCACAUCUGUGCUGUACCACUUUAACGGGACGGUCAGGCGGGGACGCGGAGCGGAGAGCGCGCGCUGCUACAGCGGGGGUCCGCAUCGGUACAUCGCUGUCCAUCUCCAGACCCGGUCGGUUCCUGAGACUACCAUGAGAGAUUACUCGGCCACUCCAGCCAACGGAGGCGGCUGCAUGCCGUGCUGCCAAGUUUGCGUGUUCGCCUUUACCGCAUUCCUCAUUGUUGCAGAGAGGACGGCACUGAUCUACUGUUUUGUUUACUACCUGUGGGUGGGUCAUAACUACUGCUACGCCCAUCUCGCUGGCUUCACUGCACUGUUCCUGCUUCCAGGUUGGGGUCCUCAGUGGCUCAGUUACCAGUGGUAUCUGUCAGAUGGACGAAUAGCCCGGAAGUCUCUCAGGUGGACACACAUACUGCACUUGGGUAUCUUCAAAAGGCUGUGGGAAUGUAUGCACCUUCCAGAUGAGGAUUUAUAUGUGGAGAUCAUGCAGCAGGCUGAUGCAUCUGCCCUCAGAUUGUUUGAGGCCCUAGUGGUCACCCUCCCAGAGACGCUGUUCCAGACCUACGUGCUCAUCUGCACUGAUAUCGGCAUCAAGUCUCCAACCUCGGUGUGUUUUGUGGUGUGCUUGUUGUCGCUGGCCUGGGCCUUGGUUCUCUAUGCCAGAGCGUGCUCCCUGAUCAGACCCGGGCACCUGCAUAUGACCCCAGCUGCCAUUCUCUGUCGACUGCUCUGGAGGGUUGCCAUGCUUGGAUCAAGGUUUGCUGUUCUAAUGCUGUUCACACGGGUCUUUAGACAGUGGAUUUUGGGAGUCCUUGGUGUGCACUGGUUAGGGGCAACUUUCUGGAUGGUGUCUCAACAGACUGACAUCAUACGGUCAACAAGUCGAUGGAGAAUCUUUAACCUCGUGCUGGGCGCCAUUUAUGUCUUUCUCUUCCUCAACGUGAAGUAUGGUCAGUCCAGAUACCGCAUGGCUGCUUUUUACCUGGUUAUGUUUGUGGAGAAUGCUCUUCUUCUAUUGGCUUCCUCUUGGCUGUUCACCAUGGUGUCCUGGGACACCGUGGGCAUCCCAGCUGCAGUGUUCUGCAGCUUUCUUAUUGGACUGAUAGCGUUGGUGCUGUACUAUCGUUUCCUCCACCCGAAGUCUUUUGAGAUCUUCCAGAGUAUUCGUCACAGGGGAAUAGGUGGAGCCUGCACAGACCGAGGGUCUGCACUGUCUCUGGAGGAGAAAGUCUCACCCACUUUGCACCGCCAUGCCACACUGUCAGGCGGUGGUACACUCAUGGACCUUCCCAUCCAAUGGGAAGGCUGGAAGCAUCACCACUGGUUGUUGAUUCGCCUAGCUCUGAAGACAGGGGAUGUUGUGAGGAUCUGGACUGCAUACGGUGAGGGAGGACUGGCCGGACUGAUGGGUCUGCCUGAGGAAAUCCACUCACCUGCCGUUCCACACACCCCUAUGGUUGCACCUAUUCAGAGGCAAGUUCUUCAAAUCACAAAACCGGUACCACAACCCGCUCCGACACCUACACCGCAAGAGACCCAGGCAACAGAAGCCUCACAGCCUCCAAAGACAGCUCAUUCCAGCAUCAUAGCCCGACCCAAAAGAAGAGAUCCUCCAACAGUUAUCCAGGAUUUAAGAGGAUACCCAGAGAUUAUCCCCGUCCAGGAGGUGAUUCUUGAAGAAAGCGCAGAAGAAGAAUGCAGUCCGCCGCACUCUGAAGAAAAAGGUGAUGAAGAGUUUCAGAGUGCUGCUUAUGGAUCGCCAUCACUUUCAUCUCCUCAACAAACUGGAGGCCUCCGUCAUAUCGACAGCAAUCCUGCGUCUUUUACCGAGGGCUCAUCCUCUGUAGUCUCUCUAGACAUCAAAACACCUGGUUGGUCACCCGAGCGACGCUCGCCUCUCCUGGCUGGUUCCCCAGAGAAAAAGUCAGGGAUCCCUGGAGAGUCCAGCACAACACUCUAUUUCAGUGCAGAUCCCCAGUCCCCUUCUACUGGAAGCUAUCUUGGUUGGGGUUCAGAGUUGUCGCCCAUCUCCGUCUACAGAAGUCCCUAUCGAAUUAGGGAGGCACGCUUUGUCACAUCCACUCCACGACUGGAGCAUCGGGCAGCCAGUCCAGGCCUGGCCCCUGUUGUUGUCAUUCCUGCCACUCCCGGCACAACACCAGGCACUUCUCCAGGUGGGACCCCUGGCGCCUCGACUCCUGCAGCUUCGACUCCUGCAGCAUCAACUCCUGUGGCAUCAACUCCAGGUUCCUUAACUCCUGAUGCCGCGACACCCAGCACUCCAGUUAUUGCACUCACUCCUGUCAUCUCCCACGCUCGCAAACAGAUGGUUCAGUUUGUUGACAGUAGAGAAAGGGCGGUGUAAGAAAAGUGAGCGGAAAGGAGGAGUUGUGGUUCAGGCUAUACAUCAAUACACACAUCAACACACUUAGAGAUAAUAUGAAUCGAUUACAACACCUGUAGAGACCACUGAUGUUAUCACUGUUUGUCUACAGACUAGUAAAUACCUGCACCAACGUCUGUGUGUUAGGUUUAACAAGAGGUUUGGGGAUAGUUCAUCAUGUAAGUUGCUGGAAUCAUGUUGAUCUCUUCAAAGGAUCAGAGUAGUUUGAGUCAACAAACACUGCCUUGAAAAAUAUAGUAAUUUUCCCAAACAAACGAAGGACAGAUGAACUAAUUCCUUUUUCUCUUGUAUAUAUCUGUACAAGCAUAAGCAUCAACAGAGAUUUUUUUACUGCUAAGUGCAAGAAGACAUUCACAAAAACGUCAUUAAUACAAACAGACUUGCUAGAAGAGUAAAAGCUCUAAAGUCUUUGGGAUGUUUGAAAAGUUAGGAGUAGUUUAAGGCACAUUAAAAAAGCUGUUAAAAUGUAAAUAAUGUAAAAAAAGAAACUAUGGUGGAAAGCUAGGAUGAUGUAUGCAAUUAUGAUGGAUUCUAUGGUAAAAUAAAAUAAUAAAUAAAGAAAUUCUUUUAAUCUCCCUUAAAACUAAACCCCCCUAAAUGUUUUAAUAGCUAAUCAUGUCAAAAUAACACUUUAUUUUCACACAGCAAUUUACUCCUAAAUACACAAAAGAUUUAUGUUGUGUUUAUUGUUUGCACAGUUUGUAGCAUGAUAGAAAACCAAAAACAGCAAAGCAGAACGUGAUAAAACCAAAAUUGAUGAUUGUUUAUUUUUUAAUAGAGUAUCAUAGGAUUUUUUUCCUAAUUGGGGAAUUUCUGAUCAUGUAUGAUUUCAUUUUUUUAUUACUAUUGUUGGCUCCUUUGUCUUACUAAAUGCCUGAAUUUAUUACAAAAGCAGUUUUAAUUAAAUCUCUUAAAUUUCUGAAUAAGAUAAAAUAAUUUUUGGAGCUAGAAAAAAAAUCACCACUGUUAAUCUCAAAUCAUUUAUAUAACAUGAUUUGAAGGCUUAUUUUUUGGUGUUUUAUGUUGUAAAUAUAAAUUCUUGAUACAAAAUAGAAAGCUAGGGUUAAAGUAUUUUGUUGCAUUGGUUUCUCUGAAAAAGUCUGUCUCAAAAAUCCGCCAUAGUGAACAUGUCACAUUGAAACAAAAAGACAUGAUGAUCAUGUUUAAGUUUAGCUAAGUGUUAAAGUCUGUAAAUCACAUGUGCUUUGUCUGCAGCAGAAAUAAAAAAUACUGAGUAAACAUCCUACCUCAAUUAAUAAAAAACGUCUAAAGACAAAAAAAUCUAAAGGUACGUCAGUAAUUUUUCUGAAAGAAAUGACUUCUAAUAUUACUGAAGUAAGAGGUAUUUAGUUUGACCUAUUCCAUUGAAUAGUAUUUCAAAAAUACAAUAACUUUAUUUAGUUUAACCCAUUUUUAAUACAAAAGGACUUUGUUAUUACAUUGAAAUACUUAAGUUUCAAUCUAUUUUAAUAUAAUAGUGACAAAAAGAAGGUUUCACACCAAAGUUCGGAAACGAACUGUCAACAAAAAUGUCCAAAAAUAAAAGUAAAAAUAGGUUUUUAUUUGAUUUUAUAUUUUGAUUCAGUUGGUUUUACUAAAUAGUUUUCUGUUAAUUUCCUUUCUUUGUGUUUUCAGUACUACACAGAAUGUUUAUUUUACACAAAAAACUGCUGUAAGAAUAAGGUACUGUAGGAUCAUGAACGACAAACGGUUGUGACGUCUUAAGGAGAGAAACACAGGCAGCACUUUUGGAAACUGUGAAGUGGACUUUAUGAAAACCCAGUCCAGUUCCGCUACCAGCAGAACUAAUAAUGACAAUUUACAGCAGCUUCACUGCAUGAAUAUUGAAUGCAUUCAUUCAUUCAGAGAAAAUAGCUAAUACUUUACCUACAUGUUAAAUCACAUGCCAGAUUGUAUGUAUGUAAAUCAGCAAAAAGCCAGUAAAUGCAAUGUGUUGCAAUGCACUGAUGACAAAUACUUGCUUUAGUCUUAAGCAAUGCUUCUGCCUGUUUAUUAUGAGACACUUUGCUCAAACAUAUCUUUUUCCUGCUUUCCCCCUUGUGUAAUAGCUCUACUUCCUUAUAAUUUGAUUUUUUCCAGUGUUUUUUUUAUAUCACUAAUAGAAAAUGUGCUGACAAGGUUUGUGUUGCAGUUGUGUUUAGAUCAGAUAGUUUUUAUUAGCAGACAAAACUUUUUUGACAGAUUUCACCGAAUGGGAAGACGCUCCCUCAUCAAUACCAACACCUCAACUCUACAAGAGUUUCCACUCUGGGUGGUAAAAGGGACUCAAAGUCUGCUCUCAAUGUGUCCAAAAUAAAGCCAUUUAUCUUGAGUAAA